AUGGAUGAAGUGGGGAACCCUCUGUUAAAUGAUGGUGUGAAGAGCCAGCAGGCCCAUGCUGCCGGACCAAACACUGGAGCCACUGGAGGGAUGAAGCGAGUGGAUCCCGAACAGGCCCAGAGGAUGCGGGAAACCGGGCUUCAGCUGAUCCAGAAAGCCUUAGCGGUGCUGCAGAUCUUUGCACUGAGUCAGUUCGGUUGCGCCGCGGGCCACGUGCCCCGGAACGUGUGUUCUCAGGGUGGCGAGUCUCAAGAUUACGGCCCCCUGCUGCAGAAACUUGAAGGAGCCGUGGAGUGCGUACGUCUGCAAGCCUCCCGCCAGCAGCCCAACUCUCAGGAGGAACACGUGGUCAGCUACUCUGCCUGCCUGUCGCCUGGAGGACCUUGGGAGGAACUUACCGCUUCUGUGCGUAAAGAACUGGCCUUGGCGCUCCGGGACCUGCUGGCCCACGGACUGUACGCUCCUUCCCAGGGUAUGAGCCUGGUCCUUGCCCCCAUUUCCUGCCUGCUGCCCUUCAGCUCUUCUCCCCAGACCCUGCAUCCCUGGGAACUUUUCGUCAAGUACUAUCAUUCCAAAAACGGCCAGGCGUUUGUGGAAUCGCCCGCUCGGCAGCUCUCUCAAUCCUUCAGUUUGCCUGUAGGGGGCGGUCCUGUGACGGUCACACCCAAGCAGUCUCUGUUAUGGGCCAUCCAUACAGUUCUCAAAGAGCAUGGACGAUUCAAGCGUAGUGCGGACUCUGAGUUUAAGGCCUUAGUGUGCAUGGCGCUCAAUGAGCAGAGGCUUGUGUCCUGGCUCAACCUGCUGUGUAAGUCUGGGAUGCUCAUCCACUCACACUACCAGCCCUGGAGCUACAUGGCCCAAACGGGCUUUGAAGGUGCCCUGCGCAUCCUGGGCUGCCUCAGCCAUCUCAAAUUCAGCCUUCCUGUAGAUUUGGCUGUCAGGCAGCUUAAAAAUAUCAAAGAUGCUUUCUAAGCAAAAUAAAUAUAUGGGAAUUUUGAUGGGUUGAGAAAAAAGGGGAACCCUCCCAACCUUCAUAAUCUUAAAAAAAAAAAAAAUAACACCGUUUACACUAAUAUAAAUAACACUAACAACAUUAUAUAUGACAUGAAUUUAAAUCAAUUUAAAAGAUGCUUCCAGAUCAACAAGUACACUGGAAUUAAAAAAAUUGGAAAUGAAGCAACUCGUGCACUUUCUUGAGACUCUAAUGUUGCUGUUGGGUCUAAUGCCUCUUGUCUCUAAACUGAAGAGGAUGAUGAUGAUUAAUAUGCUGCAUUUGUCACAACACAAAGGAAAUGUGCUCAGUUUAGUGACCCUGAGCGUGUAACUGCCUCUACAUAACCUUUGAGGGGAUUUGUUAUGUUAAGCUUUUACCAAAAUCAACCACUAUGUAGAAGAAUGAGUUGUUACUUGAAAUCUUUUCAAGGGCCAUUGCAAAUGUUUGAGAUGCACUACAGUAUCUAUAUAACAUAUUCUAUAUACACACACACACAGAGACAGACAGUUACAAAAUAGUGACUAGUGACUUAAUGGUUUAAUUCCUUUUUUUGUUCUAAAUUUAUGUAGCCAAAUGCACUCAUUUUCUGAGCUUGUACUACAUUAUUGUGCAGUGGUUCACAGACAAAUCAUAAGAUGUUUUAAUUUAAGAUUGGAUUCCAUUUGCAUUAUUAAGGGUCAUUGCAUUUCAAACAGUGUAUUGCUUUCUGAGGAGAUCAUGCAUGCUGGUGAGACCUCACUUAGGUCAAGCAACACACUCAGGUCAUUCUGAACAAACAAAGAGUUGUUCAUUGGUGUUUGUAAAUCAUUGGAAAACCACUUCUGUCCCUAACUCCUUUCCACAGCCUGGCCCUUCCAACCAGGUGACACCUUAAAAAUUAUUGUAGAAAACUGCAUCUUGUGGCCGUGCUGCCCGCUCGCUGCUACCGGAGGAAAUGCACAGCAAGUGAACUGAAUGAAAUGAGGUCAUUCAGCACAUUUGCUGAAUAUGAGUCUGAUAUGCUGUGCAUUGGCACUGACUGAAUUAUUUAUGGCCUGUUAUGUGAUGCCAGCGUUCAGAGGCUCUGCUUGAAUACCUGCUGUUUCUGUGUCUUGUCAAUCCUUGUUUACUGCUCUGAAAUAUUGAAUGUACAAUCCUUGGAAUUGUAUCCUGCUACUGUACCCGAUCUGAUUCCAGAUUCCUUAAACCACUCUGAAUACUGAUUUACUGAAACUUUCAUCAAGUAAGAAGGGACUGUUUGUUAUCCCACAUCAUGGAAAUGGAUUCUGUAUUCAGUGUAUUUCUCUGCACCCUUAUGGAAUAUGGAGGAAUGGUUGUGAUGCAUUUAUUAGGGCUGCUCAGCUAGCCCUUAUUUAAUGUAGUCUCAACCCCCCUGCUUUCCCCUUUUUAUAUAUAUAUAGUAGUAUAUCAGCCUGAAUACAUGCUUGGCCUAUUUUGAUGUCCGUUUGUUUUGUCCUAUCAAAUGUAUUUAAGAAAUUAUUAUUGUCUUUGUACCUCUUCUUAGAAACAAAUAGACUAUCAAUUAUUUCAAUAGUGAUUUCAAAUCGGUGUCAAUUACAUUCCCUUUU